AUGCUGCGCAACCUCCCGUGCGGCUUCACACGCAACGACUUGCUUGAGAUUCUGGACCACGAGGGGUUCGCGGGGGUUGAUGGAUACGAUUUCGUGUACGUCCCGAUCGACUUCAAGCGAGGGCUGUGCAAGGGCUAUUCUUUUGUCAACAUGGUUGCCGUGGAGCAUCUUCAGCGGUUGGUCGAGGUCUUCGACGGCUACAACCGGUGGUCGCGCUCCUCCACGAAGGUCUGCCAGGCGAGCAUGUCGCACACGCAGGGCUUGACGGCGAACAUCGAGCGCUAUCAGAACAGCCCUGUGAUGUGUGAUGCAGUCCCCGACAUCUUCAAGCCAGCGCUCUUCGUGGGCAAGCGGCAGGUCCCAUUCCCUGCGCCAACCAGAACGUUGCCGCAGGUGGCCCUGAAUCUUUGA